AUGAACUACUUCCCCGACCGGCAGCACGUGCGGCUGCGCAGCCUCGCGCUCGGCACGUACCUCCACGCCGCCGCCGACGGGAUCGAGGUCCGCCUCCACCCAGACCGGGCGUCGGUGAACGCGGCGUGGACGGUCCACCGGUACCAGAGCGAAAACGCCGUCAUGUACCUGCUCCUGCACAGCGCCGCCUUCGGCCGCUACCUCUCCGCCAACAACACGCGGGCGCCAUGGGGCCAGCGCGGCUACCGCGUCGAGCAGCGCGAGUUCGACGAGCCGGAGGUGGAUUCCAUCAUGUGGCAGGUCAUCAGGCCCGGGAACUUCGUCCUUCUCCGCCACUUCAGCGGCCGCCUCCUCCGCGCCAACGGGGGACGACUCUUCAACUGGAACCGCGGCGUCACCGUCGACAAGUUCGAAAACAGGGGCGCGAUGAAUCGGUGGGUCGUGGAGCCCAUCCCGCCCAGUCAGCUGUAUCCUGGGUUACCAGGUCCGAUCAAUGAACCCCUUUCCAGUCCCCAGUUCACGUGCUUACUGUUCGGGCGCGAGCCGCCACCGGUGCGGGUGAUCCGGUUCCAGCGGGCGAACGCCGACGGGACGUUCAACGACAACGAGGACGGCUGGAGCGAGUUCCCGUUCACGGGCAACUCCAGCUACCGCCUGAGGUACGAGCUGACCGUCCGUCUGGACAUCGUCCACUUCAUCAUGUGCGUCCGAGCUGGCCGCUACGCGCGGCUCACCCCGAUGCUCGCCAACCUGCCAAGCGGCACCGGCGACAACCUCUACAUAGUCGCCUUCCGCUCCCUGUCGCCAGGUGCAGAUGAGCUGCGCUACCCGGACAUGGAAGCGGUGUAGAUGAGAUCAGCACAGGAUUCCUGACAGCCGCCUCACAGUUCACCUUCUUCAGAAGUGUUGCCGCCUCGGACACGACAUCAUGAGAAUUCAGAACUUUUUCUUAGAGAUAUAGGUUCAGAAAAACUCAGCAGGUCUUGUGUUUCUGCUAGCUAUAAAAUUGAUCUGUCCUGACGGGAGGAACCUGUUUGUUUCGGCCUCGCGGUUCUGAUGUUCAGAACUGUUGAAAGGGUUAAGUAGACUGGCUGAACAGUUAUGCAGUGACAGUGGUUGUAAUGGUUGCUCUUAUUCUGGCAACUACUUUUUGUUAGACAGAAAUCUGGCAACUACUUCAUUGUUCGUAGCUGCAUUUCUAUUAGA